AGCUGGCUAACCAUUGCUAAGUGUUUUGUGCGUGGUUUUGAGACUGUUGAUACUUUUGAAACUUUUGAAGGUGAAUUAUGUCGAAACGGACGAGGAAAGCAGAAGACUCGCUCCAAGAAGUGAUGGAGGAAUAUACUCGACGUGAAAGCGAUGAGUCUGGAGAUGAAGAUUCAGAAGUAAACAGUGAUGAAUCAUAUAUUGACUCCGAGCUAGAGUCAAUGGUUCUGGAGAGAGGAGACAUUACUCCUAAAAAGCAAUUACCUGAUGUAGAAUCGGAUAGUGAUUGGGAGCCGGAUACUUCUAGCCCACUCAACAAGCGGCCACAUAGAGUGAAGCGGCAGGACAGCACCUCAUCAAGAGAGGAGCCCCAUCUUCCAUCUCCCCAGAAAGGUUGCAGCGGGAGAAGCCCAAGUGGCAGAGGAUGGGGAAAAGGGAGAGGUGCCGGCAGCAGCAGUCAAGCUGGGAUGUCAACAAGCACAUCUGGAGAGAGAUGGAAUGAUGUUGACGUUCCAGACAUAACACCACCACAGCCCACCUUUAGACCCAACAAUUCACCAGGGCCACAGCUCAUACGAUCAGCUACGUACACAGCCAUGCAGCUUUUCCAGCUCUUUUUUACUAACUCUAUUUUACAGACUAUAAUUCAAAACACCAAUGAGUUUGGCUCGAUUCGCCAAUCAACACCCACCAAACCGUGGAUUGACAUAACAUUGCAGGACAUGUUUACGUACAUGUCCAUGGUCAUCUACAUGGGUGUAGUCAAAUGCUCUGCACUUACUGAUUACUGGCGAGGAAGUAAACUGUACAGCUUGCCGUUCCCAAAACGGGUAAUGACCGGUAAGAAGUUCCUCACAAUCUGCCGGUCCCUUCACCUCAGUAGCUUUGUGGAUGAUGCUGCUAACGAGCAAAGGAGAGGCACAGCAGCCUUUGAUCGUCUUAGCAAAAUAAAGCCACUCUACCGGGAGAUUAGAGAUGCCUGCAAAAGAAACUAUCACCCUGGCCAGGAAAUUGCCAUUGAUGAGCGAAUGGUUGCCUCCAAAGCCCGCAUUGGGAUCAAACAGUAUAUGAAAAAUAAGCCUGUUCGCUGGGGGUAUAAACUCUUCGUUCUGGCGGACUCCAGGAACGGUUACACAUGGGACUUUUUUGUCUACGAGGGAAGGCUCCAGAGAAACAGUGGCAAGGGGCUCAGUUAUGAGUCUGUGAUGGAGCUAAUUAACACACGGGAGCUCGGCACCGGAUACAAGCUCUUUGUUGACAAUUUUUACACAAGUCCCACCCUUUUCCGCGACCUCCUUCAGAAGAGGAUCUGGGCAUGCGGAACCAUCCGCUCAAACGUAAUUGGAUUCCCGAAAACCAAAGUCAACAGCCUGGAAUCAAAAUCUCCCCGCGGCAGCAUACGCUGGAUCAGGAACGACUCCCUCCUCUUUGUCCAGUGGCGAGACACAAGGGACGUCUUCAUGUGUUCAACACUCCACACGGCACAUGCGGAGGACACCGUGAAAAGGAGGGUCAAAGAUGCAGAUCAGCACUGGACGUUGAAGGACAUCCCAGUUCCACCAGCGGUAAAGGAGUACAACCAGAGCAUGGGUGGAGUGGACCUUUCUGAUGCCCUGAUAGGGUACUAUAAAGUCCUCCACAAGACACAGAUGUGGUACAAGACGUUCUUUUAUCAUUUCAUGGACAUCGCAAUUGUGAACGCCUUCCUCCUCUACAAAGACAUAGUAAAAGGUAAAGGACAGGUACCUAUGCACCAGAAGGCAUUCAGAGAGACCCUUGCUGAGGAGCUGGCAGAGUUUGGGUCUCACUCCACAGCCAUACCAAAAUAUCCUUCUCCAUUGUGCCGCAGUUCCUCAGCACAUCACAGGCCAGUGUAUAUCAAUGGAAACAGCACUAAUGGUCGGCUGAGAUGCAGGCAGUGCCAAGCAAAGACACCAGUGAAGUGCUCCUCCUGUGAUGUGCCUUUGUGCUUUGUCCCCAAACGUGACUGCUACAAUGACUGGCAUGUUGCCAAAAACCUGUAAAAGGUAUACUUGUAGUAGUAGUAGUAGUAGUAGUAGUCCUUUAUUGUCACAUAGUAAACCAGUGAAAUUGGCCAUCGACCAUUGUAUGUACAUAUGUUGUGUAAAAAAGUAUAUAGUUUGUUGUGUAUUUCUUUUAUAAAAUAAUUUUCCACCAUAGCGCUUGUUUUGUUUAAAGUUUAGUUUCAAGAAGGGGAAAAAAAGCACUCUUUUGUGUUUGUGCCUCAGUUCCUCUGUGUCAUCAAUACUAAUAGUUGAUCUGGAUAUGGGAUAUGAUAGCUCUAAGUGUCAGCUUUCUUUGAAGCCCAAAAUUAUGACUGUACAUUUAAGCGUUCAAAAGUAGUAGUCUUUUUAUCGUAGGUAUGGUAGUUAUCAUGGUUACCAAGGGUCGUUUGGAGUAUCCAAAAGGCAUUUUUGGAAAACGCCUGGACAUACCCUUAGAAAAACAUGUGUAAAAUAUUCAUUUUCUGUGGUAUUUUUUAUCAAAUUUGAACUUGGACUAGGUAAGGCAUCAUGCUGUGUUCCCAUUGUGUUUUCCAGCUAAUAGCCCCCAGUUAUAGUCAUCUGCAGGCAUCUGUACACAAAUAAA